AUGGAAACUCAAUAUCGUUUACUUCAAAAGUCUUGCUCUAAUUGUCAAAUGCCACCGCAUCAAUUGGAGGUUUUCAGCGUGAGUCAUGCUGGGGACUGGAGAGAGCUGUACAUUAGCUAUCUUCGCGAUGGAGUAACUCCUGCUAAUCAAAAGGAUGCCAUCAAGAUGAAGCAAAAUGCGAAGCGAUUCGUAUUUCAUGAAGGGAUCCUCUGGGGACUUGACAUUAUUGGAAAGAUCAAUCCGUCGUCAUCAAAGCAGCACGAGUACAUCAUAACUGCGACAGAAUAUGUUACCAAAUGGGUUGAAUCCAUUCCUCUACGAGGGACUACAGGAGCAACAAUUGCGGCUUUCAUUAAAGAGUACAUCAUUUUUCGGCUUGGCGUGCCUAAACAUAUCAUCACCGAUAACGGAACUCCCUUCACCAACAAACAAGGAAAUGGACAAGUUGAGAGCACCAACAAAACACUAAUUCGGAUUCUCAGUCGAACAAUGCAUGACAAUCCCAGAGAAUGGCAAGAACAGCUACCGAUGGCGCUAUGGGCGUAUCGAACAACACCUAGAAGUUCUAUUGGAGUUUCUCCAUAUUCGCUUGUUUACGACGCAGACACGAUCCUCCCAGCAGAAAUCAAGAUCCCGUCAGCCAGGAUUGCAGCAGCAAGUGGGGUCCACUGGAAUGAAGCUGAAGCGUUGAGCUCCAGGAUCGCCGAGUUAGACACUCUAGACUCCGAAAGAGGUAAAACAGAGGAACGCGCUCAGGUGUACAAGAAUAGGAUCUUCAGGGCAUAUGACAAGACUGUAAGGCCGCAUGUUUUUAAAGAAGGAGAUUUGGUCUUAAAGACGGCCAAACACAUUCAGCAAGGCAUGUCUGCACCAAAGUUCUCUCCAAAAUGGGAAGGUCCUUAUGUGAUUACCAAGGCUUACAGUACCGACUACUACAAGAUCGUUAAGGUGGAUGGAGGCAAGUUAGAAGCAGUCAUCAAUGGAAAAUGGCUCAAGGCAUAUCAUGCUUGA